AUUACUGAAAUAGCAAUUACCAAAGGCUAUACAACUAAAAAGCUCGAGUCGUUUUAAGCUCGGACAUUAAUCGCGUUAACCCUCUCUUCGUUCCGACUAUCAUCUUCCUUUGUCGCGUCCUUAAAAGCCAGACGAAGCGAAGGGAAAAGAGAGCAUCGUAGAGUGAACGAGCUAAAAGUAAAGUGAGAAAGAGAGAACGAUAACUGUGGAAAGCAACGACGGUCAAUGGUGAUGGCCGCGGUGCAGGCAAAUGGUAGAGCCAACCAGUCCGUCUCGAGACACCGUGGUUCGAGCAUCGUCGUGGAAUAAUCGACCGUGUGUGCCGUCCUCGAUUCUCCGUUUACGUUUUCGAUAGUUCGUUGCACCAAGUAGUCGUGCGGAAAUUAUACGCGUACAGGUGUCUAGCCUUGAAACGUCGAAAAAAGCAGCGUAUUUAUCGAGGACGCGAAGAGCUCGAAAGUCGAGAUGCGCUUGGUUCUGUCUCGGGGAUAAGAAUUACUGUAGUUGUUGUUUCAAAAGAGGCAUGAUCACUGCUUUUUGAUCGGACUCUUUGCACGCGUCGCUGCUUGCCUGCAAUGCAAUGAGAGAGAUCGUACAUUUAUCUGGUAACCAGGCCGCGGCACUGCGAAAAGACCGGUUUGUUUGAACGAAAAAUCAACCGAGGAAGAAAAAAGAGAAACAAGGCUACUUAAUACCUGUAUACCUAGAUUAAGCUCGAAUAAAGACAGACAAAUUUUGAGGGGAUAAUACAAGAAUACAACAUGAAGCUUGAAGGAAAUUGUUCGCACGAGGAUAAUAGCAAUGAGAUUUUAUUUGAACCUAGGAAAAGUUCAGCGGUACGGUUGCAGAUCAUACCGGCGCAACCGAAAACCAUCACUCACCUACCAAAAAGGCCGCCAGUUGACCUGGCAUUUACUGACUUGACGUACAAAGUACGAGAAGGCCGCAGAAACAAUGUGAAGACAAUCCUGAAAUCUGUCAGUGGAAGGCUUCGGUCUGGAGAACUGACGGCUAUUAUGGGACCUUCCGGUGCAGGAAAGUCGACUCUUUUAAACAUCCUGACCGGAUACAAAUCAUGGGGCGUGGAGGGAAGUAUCACGAUGAACGGGCACGAGAGGAAUCUAAGUGCUUUUAGAAAGCUAUCUUGCUACAUCAUGCAAGAUAAUCAACUCCAUGCGAAUUUAACUGUGGCCGAAGCUAUGAAAGUCGCUUCGAACCUUAAACUUGGAUCGCACGUCAGCAAGGCAGAAAAAGAGGAAGUGAUUCAGGAAAUCCUUGAAACGCUCGGCUUAUCCGAACAUCGUCGAACAAUGACCUCGAACUUGAGCGGAGGUCAAAAGAAGAGGCUUUCCAUUGCUCUCGAAUUGGUCAACAAUCCUCCUAUAAUGUUCUUCGACGAACCUACCAGCGGCCUGGACUCGUCGUCUUGCUUCCAAUGCAUCUCGUUGUUGAAGACCUUGGCUCGAGGAGGGAGAACAAUAAUAUGCACCAUUCAUCAGCCUAGUGCCAGAUUGUUUGAAAUGUUCGAUGCUUUGUAUACAUUGGCAGAGGGACAAUGCGUUUAUCAAGGUUCCACUUCGCAGCUAGUGCCUUUCCUCAGAAAUAUCGGACUCAAUUGCCCCAGUUAUCACAAUCCUGCCUCUUUCAUAAUCGAGGUGUCCUGCGGAGAGUACGGAGACAACAUCAAGAAUCUGGUGAAUGCAAUCAAGAAUGGAAAAUACGAUAUUCGAGAAGGAUAUCCUUUCCCGGAUAAUAAAUCAGAAGGAUUGAAUAACGCGACGAGCGAGUUGCUUCAAAAAGGUGCGAGCAGCGAAGAGAGUGCUGAAACGAAAGACAAGAAUGACGUUAGUAAUCUGGAGGAAAAGUUUCAAGAGGACAAAACAAAAGAAAUAACUAAUAAAGGGAUUAUUCCGAGUUACGCCACGAAUGAUAUUACAAAACAAGCCGAAAUCGUAAUAUCCAUGGAUAUGGAAAAGAAAGACAACGCUGAUGUAGCCUUGCUCGACGAAUCGAUCGUAGUUACACCUGAGAGAUAUCCUACUUCGGAGUGCCAACAGUUCUGGAUCGUUUUGAAGAGAACAUUGCUUUUCAGCCGUAGAGAUUGGACACUUAUGUAUCUUCGACUUUUUGCUCACGUCUUGGUAGGACUAUUAAUCGGAGCAUUGUAUUAUGACAUUGGAAAUGAUGGUGCUAAGGUGCUUAGCAAUCUUGGAUUCCUCUUCUUCAACAUGCUGUUUCUUAUGUACACAUCCAUGACUAUCACGAUAUUGUCUUUUCCACUAGAGUUGCCGGUACUCUUGAAAGAAAACUUUAAUAGAUGGUAUUCUCUGAAGGCUUACUAUCUAGCUAUUACCGUGUCGGAUAUACCAUUCCAGGCGGUAUUCUGCGUAAUUUAUGUAACGAUCGUAUACUUCUUGACCAGUCAGCCAACGGAUAUGAUGCGAUUUAGUAUGUUUAUGGGAACAUGUUUAUUGAUUUCGUUCGUCGCACAAUCGGUUGGAUUGGUGGUUGGAGCAGCUAUGAACGUACAGAAUGGUGUAUUUUUGGCACCGGUUAUGUCUGUACCGUUCUUACUAUUCUCAGGAUUUUUCGUUAGCUUCGACGCUAUUCCUGUGUAUCUCAGAUGGAUCACGUAUCUGAGUUACAUCAGAUACGGUUUCGAGGGGACCGCGUUGGCUACGUACUCGUUUGGUCGAGAAAAACUCAAGUGUUUUCAGAUUUACUGCCAUUUUAAAAAUCCUGAGACAACUUUGGAGGAGCUGGACAUGCUCGAUGCUGAUUUUACGCUCGAUAUUCUUGCCCUGCUCCUUAUAUUCGUUGUUCUUCGAAUCGUUGCCUAUCUAUUCCUUCGUUGGAAACUGAAGACUGCGCGAUAGAGAUCACUAUUUGUAUUGAUAUAGUCCAGAAAAAAAAAACACUUUUUUAUAAUGGAACACUCGAGAACGCGAUAAUGCAUUUCAUUAACAUCGUCGCUCAAGCGAAGCACGUAAUUAAUACGUUGUGUGGGCAGGAGUAUUACUAACUACCAGCAUUACGAAUUUAGAUUAGUCCAACAAUUGAAAAAAUGCAAGAGGUACCAGAGCAUCGGAUUAAGAAAUUCAAUCAAAUUAUCUGUUUCUAGAUAUGGUUAGAUUUACCGUACAAAUCAACGUGUUAAUUUCGUUCAUCUUCGAAGUCGAAGUGCCACCGAUAUUUCACAUAAGCGAUUUCGAAUCAUCGCGAGAAAUUUAAUAUUUCGAAAAAAUCAAAUGUUACGCGUAUAAUUUAUGCCUGUACAUCGAAUUUGUACGAUCUAGGCUAAUAUAAUUUAUUCAAUCAUUAGAUUUAUCACAACGAAAUAACUAACAUAAUUGACUAACGACGUUUUUAUUCAGGGUACCUUUUCGUCUCUUUAAUUACGUGGUAGCACAACUUUUAAAAAUCGUAAGUACACACAGAAUGUGUAUAAUCUUUGCUUUUCAGAGGGACAGUUAACGCGUUGGUUGUCAUAGGGGUUAGAGAUGCCCGAUGAUAAUUACUAAAAUUAAUAACAGUAAUUUAAUAACAUUAGGAAUUCAAAAUAGAAAAUUAAAGUUUGAAAAAGUAAAAAAUUUACAUGUUUAAUGAUCUAUAUUUUGUUCGUACUAUGCCAGUCAGCGCGUUAAGAAAGGGGAUGGAAUCAAUUAUUCCAGAAUUUGCAAAUUUAUGACUUGAAAGGAGUAAGAGGCCUUAAAUGAUAACAAUUUGUGAGCGAUCACAUGUUUUAUCCACCUAUGGCUGUGAGUUUGACGAUGUAGACAAGUUACAGAAAAGCGAAAAGUGGGUUGUUAAGUUAAAGCGAUACGUUAUUUUCUUAUUGAUUAAGAACAACGUUGGAAAUAACGAUUAUCUUGCCAGGUUUACUCAGUGUAUCGCAUAGUAAGUUUUUAAAAAGCAUCAUAAAAUAACAUUUAUCAAUUUCAUAUCGUCGCAUACACGGGGACUUAUAUACUUUAUAGAGAAUCGACUAAAAAUCAUUACAUUUAUCGUAACUCUUUCAAUUAACAUGUCUCUUAUAAAUAAAGUGUGUAUUAUAUUUUACGAUUUAUAUAUAUUUUAAGCGGAUUUACUUUCAUGAAACUAUAAAUCGCAUUGAAAAGGUACGGGUAGAGAUAGUGUGUAAAAGAAAGCUUUAAAAUUUCAACAACUUAUCGUCGAUUUACGAUCGUUUCUUUAAAUUUUAAUCAUUGUUAGGAAUAUAAUAUUCGAGAAAUCAAAAAAAAAAAGAGGAAACGGAUGUGUUUUAUCGCGUCUUAUCUUAAAGGUAUUCAUUGACUUGACAAAUGUACUUUAACGGGAAAACCUUUGUAUCUAUUUACACAAAUGGUAUAAAUUAUACAUGUUUAUAUUUAAAACGUUAGCGUGAUCGAUUACGAUCAGUCUACAUACAUGCAUAUAUGUAUACUUUUGUAAAAUAAUAUCGUGCAUGUAAAUGCACGCGCUUAUGCUGAAUUAGCAUAAUCUUCGUUGUAUUUUAUAUAGCGUAUGUUUAUUACGAAUAAAAGAAUAUGCUUUUCGUAA